CUUUCUAAUUCCUCCUCCAUUUCAUUCCCGUUCUCUUCAAUCCUUCUUCGAGCAGCUAACAACGACGAAGACGAAGGCGAAGGCGAACUUCCAUAAGUAAAAUUCGAUGGAGGAAAACAGACGAAUCACUAUUAAUGAUGCCAUUCAUAGAAUCCAGCUAAUACUACUAGAAGGCAUUGACAACGAAGACAAGUUGUUUGCUGCUAGCUCUAUAAUGUCCAGAAGUGAUUAUCUGGAUGUUGUGACUGAGAGAACAAUCGCGAAAGCCUGUGGAUAUCCAUUAUGCGAUCAAUCGUUACCAGCUGAGCGUUCUCGUAAGGGACGGUACAUGAUUUCGGUGAAGGAACAUAAAGUUUAUGAUCUUCAUGAAACCUACUUGUAUUGUUCAACGGGUUGCGCCAUUAAUAGCAGAGCAUUCGCUACAAAUUUUCCUAAUGAGAGGUGUAAUGUUUUGAACUCCAAAAAGCUAAAUAAUGUUUUGAAAUUGUUUGAAAGAAAGAGCUUGGAGACUGAGAAAGGGUUAGAGACAGAGGGAGAUUUUGGAAUGUCAAAGCUGAAAAUACAGGAAAAUGAUGUUUCAAGUGUUGCUGGACUGGUUUCUUUGGAAGAAUGGAUUGGUCCAUCUAAUGCAAUUGAGGGAUACGUUCCUCAGAGUGAUCAAAUGUUGAAAUCUUCACAACAUGAUCAGCAAAAAGGAGUGUCUAAAAAGACUAAGGCGAAUAAUAAGCAAAAGAGAGUGACUUUCAAUGAAACGGAAUUCAGGAGUACUAUAAUCACUUCUGAAGAAUCCACCAUGUCGAAGCCAACCCGAACAUCAAGUCAACUGUUCAAUGAAUUAGACUUUGUCACUGCCCCUAUUAGUUCGGAUGAGUAUACCAUUUCAAAACUUUCCCCAUCAUCAAGCUCUCAGAUGAUUGAGCAAAAAGCAAAGUUGAAGGGGGGAAGAAAAGGGAAAACAGCUAAAAAGGAAAUGGAAAACGAAUUCACUUUACUGGAUAAUCAAUCUGGGUCUAUGUUGGAUGGUAGGGAGACCUUUUCGAAAGAGCCUAAGCAAGAGAAACAUUUCACUAGCGACCCUCAAUUAGAAAUUGUUAGUGCUAAUAUUUCUGGGGUGAAGGAAGAAUAUGACGAUGUAAAAGCUACUAGUUCAAGUGUUGCUGCACUGAAAUCUUGUUUAAAAUCUGCUGGAGUUAAUAAGGCGAGUCAAUCUGUUAGAUGGGACGAGAGCAUAGGGAACAGUAACCAACCCAAGGUCCAAGAAUUCCAAAAUGUGAAAGAAUCUUCUGAAAAUGUCAUGUCCUCUAGUGGAGAAGUCAAUGAUGACGAACUCCGACGUGCAUCAGCAGAAGCAUGUGCGAGAGCAUUGACUGAAGCAGCAACAGCCAUUUCUUCGGGGGAGAUUGAUGUCUCUGAUGCCCUAUCCGAAGCUGGGAUUAUUGUGCUUCCGUAUCCUGACACGAUUGAACCUGAACAAGAACCUACAAAGUUGCUUAAAAAACCUGGGGUUCCCAAUUAUAAUUUAUUUGAAUCUGAGGAUUCCUGGUACGACAGUACACCUGAAGGGUUUAGCUUGACUUUAUCGUCGUUUGCAACUAUGUGGAUGGCACUUUUUGCAUGGACAUCAUCAUCCUCUUUGGCCUUCAUUUAUGGCCGGAAUGAAGAUGAUCAUGAAGAUUUUGUAACUGUCAACGGAAGAGAGUAUCCCCAGAAAAUUGUAUUGUCUGAGGGCCGUUCUUCUGAAAUUAAACAGACUUUUUCUGGAUGUCUUGCUCGUGCACUGCCAGGAGUUAUCACAGAUCUUAGACUUUCCACACCUGUAUCCACUCUUGAGAAGGAACUGGGCCUAUUACUGGAAACCAUGUCGUUUGUUGACCCACUUCCGGGAUUCCGAAUGAAGCAAUGGCGAGUGAUUGUCUUUUUGUUCAUUGAAGUUCUCUCAGUUUCCAGAAUUCCUGCACUCACAGCCCACAUGACAAACCGGAGAAUUUUUCUUAACAAGGUUUUGGAGGGUGCACAAAUUAGUGUGGAAGAAUACGAGACCAUGAAAGAGCUCAUGAUUCCACUUGGCCGAGUGCCCGAGUUUUCUAUGCAGAGUGGUGGUUGAUGAAAAAGAACGGUUAGAUCAUGUUUCAUCUUGAUUGUUUGUAUAUGGAGAGAGCUUUAAUACAUUAUUAUUAUUAUUACUAUAUUAAGAUGUAUUAUUUGUUACAUGUCAAUUUUAUUCAUAAACAUCGAUGUUACACAAAUGAUGAUUGUCUUUAUUAUUAUAAGAGCUGCUCACAUGUGAUUCCAUCUUU